AUGCAAGUGCGUUUAUACAAGGAGACCGGUGUCGAAGUAUCUGUUCGUACUGUCCAACGCUACAUGAAGAAGCUUGGUGUCAAAUUACUCCAAAAUGAUCUUUUGGACGGCAAAGUCACCAUCGAUCGAGUCCUUGAAGCAAUAACCGAUGCACGAGAAAAUCUUCUCCAAAACAAUGCUGGAUAUCGUAGGAUGAGAAUGAUACUCAUGAGGCAUUAUAAUAUCAGAGUUCCCCGACAAAUUGUUUAUUAUGCCCUUAAACAAAUCGAUCCGGAUGGAAUGGCCUUGCGACUCCGUCAAGCUUGUAAAAGACGUAUCUAUCGGACUCUUGGCCCCAAUCACAUUUGGGCUUGUGAUGGGCAUGAUAAGUUGAAGCCAUUUGGCAUCACAAUCUAUGGAUUCAUUGAUGCUUGGUCUCGAAAGAUCUUAGGCAUGUUUGUUCAUGUUACCAACAACGACCCCCGCCAUAUCGCUUGCUACUUUCUUCAUCUUGCAUCGAAGGCUGGUGGAUUACCUCUCAAGUUAACCAGUGACUAUGGAACCGAAACGAUUGACAUGGCUAAGCUCCAAAUGCGCCUGUCUCAUGCUUACGCUGGCAUUACCACCAAGCAAGCAGUGGAUCGCAUGCACUUCACCAAAUCAACUCACAAUCAAAAAAUCGAAUCACUCUGGUCCCAAAUGAUGAAGCAACAUAAUCGAUCAAUCAAAGACGACAUCAUGAAUGAAAUUGAUAGUGGCCGUUAUGACCAAGAGGAUGGUGUUCAAAAACUCACUACUCUUCCAACUGGUGUCAGCCCGGAAUUCUCUUACAGCAAUCCAGAAUACUUUACUACUACUGAUCAACUACUUUCGGUACCAAGCCAUGAUCUUGACUUGCUCUCAGAACAACAAUACCCCAACAAGGAAGAAUUAUUUCAACAUACACCACCCAAGUUUAAUGAAGUUGCUUUGCAAGUUAUGGACCAGCUUGGUUUUGAUUUUUCUAAUAUUAAUCUUGGAAAUGUGUGGCUUGUUUUUCGCCACAUGCUGCCAUUUAUCCAAGAAGUGUUUGGUCCUGAUACUGAUACAAGUAACACCUCAGAGGAUUAUUCCGAGAAUGAAAAUUAA